AUGGCUGGUGCUGGUGAAACCUGGUUUCUCGGCGGCGCCAAAAGUGGUGUUUACAAGACUGUGCGAAACCGAAUUUCUGCCACUCGACCCGCACAAUUUGGAACUGUACAAGAGUUUUGUUCCAAACAUAAUGAAAAACGGACACGACAAAUGUUAUUUAACAGUGUAAAGAUGUGCCCUAAGUGUGGGAAACCUUGUGCAGUAACCCUCUCUUCUUGUAAUCGCUGUAAUGCUUCUUUGGGUAAUGUGGGAGUAAGUGAAACACCCAAUCUUUUCUCUGCCUUUAUACUUGGUAUAGAAAACAGUGGUACUUUCCCUCUCAAAAUAUCUAUUCGUCAUGAAACAGAAUCUAUACUUGUAUUUGAUGAUCCUCUUGCACUAUCUCCUGCACAUUUUUGCGCAAUUCCUACCACAGAUUUUAUUCCUGAUUGGCGAUAUCUUCUCUAUAAGCCUAAACGUGGACUUGAAUUAGUAAAAUCUCUUGUUAAUGCUUGUCAUAAGGUUCUUAGAGAACAAUUUCUGGAAAGCAAAGAAUGGAAAAUGUCUGUAUUACAAGGAGCAGAAAUAGAUACUAAUCAAGACAUUCUUAUGGGCUUUAACUAUCCUCCUUCUCAGAAUCAGUUGCAUGUACAGUACAUUACUCCACCAUUGAUGCCUCAUCAAUAUAAUAUGCAUUGUCGUGGUCAACAUUUUACCUUUAAUCGUUUUUUCCCUAUUAGUUAUGUUGAACAAUGUCUAGGCGCACUUAUAGAGAAGAGUGAUCCUUUGGAGGUUGAUAAUUCUUUUCUGGAUUUAUCUAUUGAUGAUUUAGUUGCUAAAUUGGAUAAAGAUUGUGGUAUUUCCUAUAAAGAUGAGCACAGCAUGUUUUUUUCACGUGUUUAUAAGUUGCAAGAAAAGUUGGGUAGAUGGACGACAGAAAACUUUGAGGGUGUUUAUCAGAUUCCGAAUAAUGCCGAUGAUAAGAAAGGAAAACUUUUGUUUAAACCUUUACAGGGAGAAAGUUUUUACGUUGAUGAACCACUAGCUAUUGGUGAAGAGAAAAAGAAGCUUCAGAACUAUGGUAGAGAUUAUGAUGAAAAUGGAAACCCAAGUGGAGGAUUUUAUGCCUUUCCCAAAUCAUUAGAUGAAAUCAAUAUGUGGUGUUAG